AGGAGUUUCUCGCCGAGGGCUCCCAUGCCAGCCGCUUAAAAAACCCCAGCUGGCAGCGCUGGGGUCCCAGUGGCGGGUUAUAAUGUGCCGGGAGGAGGUGGCGGGCAUGUGCCCACGUCCCCGCGGUGCCCCGUCGCAGGUGUGGGGCGGCAGACUUGUCAGCCGCGGGAGUCCCUUGGGACAUCGAAGCUGCCGAAAGCACAUGAUGACUACAACUCCAGAAACAUGGCCAGCGGCGAGAGAUGGACAGAGAAGGCAUGCCAGCACGCUGCCAGUGCAGGCACCGCUGCGUGCCCUCUCCCUGGGCACAGGCAGCCGCACGCUGCAGGCAAACCUGCCCCUGUUCCCCGCUGCCCAGCCCCACAAAGCAGUGCCGCACAUCACUCCUCGAGCACGGCAGCCCCCUUGCCAGGGGUGCACAUGGGGCCGGGGCACACUGUCCAGCGGGGCCAGCGGUGGGGCAGAGGCUCUGCAAAGGUGUAGGGUGGGAGGAGGGUCCCUGCGGCACCUCUCCUGGCUCUGGGUCCCUGUGGCUCUUCCCACACUUGGCCGGAGCUCAGGGCUGGCCUGGCCGUGGCUGGUAUGGAGAUAACCCCACGCCGGCCAAGGCUGCUCCCAAACCUCGUUCCCGACUGAUGGAUGCUGCAAACCUGGGGCACCACAGGGCUCUUCUCUUUCCUACCAAGACCUGGGGGCAGCGGAGGGGGGAGCCCAGCACAUUGCACAGGGCGGUUUCUGCCCCGGUUCCCAGCUGGGUGCACCCGGCCGGGGGGGCCGGUGCCGGAUGCAGGGGCUCACGCCGGAGAUGCACCAUCUGCUUCUCGUCAGGCGGCUGGGAGCGCCGCAGCUGCCGGGGCCCGGCAGCAGAACGCGGUUGUGAUAGAUGGUCUGUUUAUCACGUUUCGGCUCUGCUCAGGAUGUUAGUGUUCGCCUGCGAAAGACAUUUUUGGGCUUGGCUGCUCCCUCCAUCCUCCUUCUCCUCCUGUUCCCCCCACCCCGCCCAAGAGCCUCGCCUGUUUGGGGGAGGGGGGGUGGCUGAAGCCCAUCUGGACCCAAGGGUGAAGGCCUGGGCAGCAGCCCUCCUGCAGCCGCCGGUCCUUGCCCAUGGGAAGGGUUGGGCUCAGCCCUGCUGCCUUGGGAACGGAUCGGGCCAAUGUCUGGACUUGGGAAGCCGAGGUGCUGGCCAGCUGCAGGCUCUGCUCUGUUGGGGACUGGGACGGGGACAAGGGUGGGGAGGGACAGCAGGAGCUUUCGCACACUCCUCAUCCCCUGGGCUGGGGAAGGGGCAGAGGGCAGGGAGGGGUGCACUGCGUGAUAGCCACGGCCCCAAACCAUCCUGGGGUGUCCUGGCCCUGCUGAGUGGCAGCCCUGGGCCCUUGGGGGCUCCCAUCACCCUCAUCCUCUCACCCUCCUCUUCACCAGCUCUUGGUGGGAGUACACAGAUCCAGAGGCAGACUCCUCCCGCUGUGACCCUAUCCCUGUCUGUCCCUGCAGAGCUGAGGCCAGGCUGAGCUACCAAGCCCAGGUCUGUCCUGCCAUCGUGCUGGGGCUGGGCCGGGGGACGCAGACACACAGCCUUGGUGCGGCAUGACCCACGGACGCACGCCAGCCGCAGCGAGGGUGACCGUGGGCUCCUCCAUGUCUCCCAGCCCAAGGUGCAGUGCUGCAUCUCUGGUCAAUUGGGAGUCUGAGAUGAAGCACUGUAGCUCGGGAAGGGAGGAACUGCGCACCCUGGGGACCCCUGGGGACCCCCACCCACUGGAACGAGUGACGCAAGGGGAGCUGACCCCUGGCUACGGGGAAGGGCUCACCCCAAAGCUCCAGAUUCCUGCAGAGAGCAAGGGGGUAGAGGAGGGUGGGAAGGUUUCUCCUUGCAGCAGAGGGACCCCUGUGUCUCCUUGGGACCCCCUGCCUGGUGCUGGGAGCACAGACAUGUGGGAGCUUUGUGCAGUGGGGGGACAGCAGGGAUGCGGCAGCAGCACCCCCCAGCAGCCACACAUGGAGCCCAGCCAGCAGCGAGGACACGCGGGGCUGGCAGAGAGCCCGGGUCGCCGUGCCCUCAGGGUCCAGUUUUCCCAGGAAUCCCUUAGGCGCUACGUUGGGGAUUCCUGGAAAUACUGUUCUUGGGGCCACGGCUCAGCGGCUGGAGACGGCCCAUCCCGUGGGGAGCCACAGCCUGUGGAAGAGCCAGCGACCGAGGUACGGGGCCAUUGCGGGGGCUGCAAGUGGGAGGGGGAGCCCCCUGGCUAACCCCAAACAUGGGGAGGUGGGCAACCCAGCCCAGGCAGCCUCAACUGCCCCACGCCGGGGGGUGAUGGAUGUCCCCAUGGGUCACCACUGAUCACAAGAGGAUGUGGCUGAUGGGCAGGCGGCCUUGCACAACAUCCCGCGCCGCACGUGCCACCCUGGGGUCAAUAAAGGUCUCGACUCCCGA